AUGACAGCGCAAUCCAACGAUAGUCCCUACCUGGACGAAGUGGACUCCCUCCGCGAAAGGGAGUAUCCUCUCCUCAGCGGAACAACAUACCUAGACCACGCCGGCACAACCCCCUACCCCACCUCCCUCAUCACCUCCUUCACAGCAGACCUAACAACUUCCCUCUACGGCAACCCCCACUCCCUCUCCUCCUCCUCCCAGCUCGCCACCCAGCGCAUAGACGAUAUCCGCCUGCGUGCACUGCGCUUCUUUAACGCGGACCCGGAAUUCUUUGAUUUGGUUUUUGUGCCGAAUGCGACGGCGGGGAUUAAGCUUGUGGGGGACGUGUUGGGGGAUUAUUCUUCCCGUUCAUCUUCUGACACCAUCUCCCGGGAGGAGUCGCGCAAUGGCUUCUGGUAUGGGUACCAUGUGGACGCGCAUACGAGUUUAGUUGGUGCGCGGGAAUUAGCUGCGCAAAGUCGCUGCUUUGAGACGGACGAUGAGGUGGACGGGUGGAUUGACUCUACACUAUGCAAUGGCGAUGACGAGCACCCAGCGCAACUAUUCGCCUUCCCCGCACAGUCGAAUAUGAACGGCCGGAGACUUGUCCCAGCACGGUGGUGCGAGCGCAUCCGCCGCGCUAGCCAAAACGGUAAUAACAAUAGGAGCGGGAAAAGGAAGGUGUUCACUCUUCUCGACGCAGCAGCGCUGGUAUCAACCUCGCCGUUAGACCUAAGCGACGCGCGAACAGCACCGGAUUUCACCGUGCUAAGCUUCUACAAGAUAUUUGGGUUUCCAGAUCUAGGCGCGCUAAUCGUGCGCAAGGAGGACGCUGUGGAGGAUGUUCUCCGCGCUAGGAAGUUCUUCGGGGGUGGGACCGUUGAUAUGGUUCUUGCUUCUGCGGCGGAAGAGGGGGAAUGGCAUGCGAAGAAGGGCGCUAUACAUGAGUGUUUGGAGGACGGUACGCUCCCGUUUCAUAGUAUCGUUGCGCUGGGCGCAGCGAUGGAGACUCAUGCCCGGUUGUACGGGUCUAUGGAGCGCGUUGCCCUACAUGUGCGCUUUCUGGCGACGCAGCUGGCUGGACGGUUAUCUGCGCUGAGGCACUGGAAUGGUCAGCCUGUCUGUUGUCUGUAUGGGGGAGCAGAUUACGGAGAUUCAACACGGCAAGGCCCCAUCAUCGCGCUCAAUCUAAAAAACAGUCAAGGAGCAUGGAUCGGCAAGUCCGAGGUCGAGAGACUCGCCGCCGUGAAGAACAUCCAGAUCCGCUCCGGCACGCUGUGCAAUCCCGGCGGGACGGCGCGGAGUCUAGGCUGGAGUGGCAGCGACAUGCGCCGCCAUUUCUCUGCGGGAUUGCGCUGCGGCGACGAUCAUGAUAUUAUGGAUGGGCGGCCGACGGGGAUUCUGCGGGUGAGUUUGGGAGCGAUGAGCAGUCUGGGCGAUGGUGAUGCGUUUGUGGACUUUGUGGAUGAGUUCUAUGUUGAGAAGGAUGCGCAUGUUGCUUCCCUGACACCCCCCGUCCAAGACGUCUCCCCGGCAGAUUUCUAUAUCGAAGCCCUAUCCGUCUACCCCAUCAAAAGCUGCGGCGCGUUCAAAGUCCCUGACGGCCAACGCUGGACUGUCAAGAAGGAGGGCCUCGCCUGGGACCGCGAGUGGUGUCUUAUCCAUCAGGGCACAGGCGCAACGCUUAACCAGAAGCGUUAUCCGCGGAUGGCGCUCAUUAAGCCGGACAUUGACUUGGCACGUGGUAUUCUGCGUAUCGCAGCAGGCGAUGCCGUUCUGGAAGUAUCGUUAGACCGGGGACAUACGGAUGAUAACCCAACGUGUAUGACUUCAUUGUGUCAGAGCGCGUCCAAGCCGUCUACUGUCUGUGGAGAUAGGGUUGUCGUUCAGGCUUAUACGGCUCCGGCUGUGUCUGCUUUCUUUUCGUCGUUCCUUGAUGUUCCGUGUACGUUGGCGCGGUUUCCUCCGUUGUCUGAGAAGUUGGGGGUGGGAUCAGGGGGAGGGGGUCGUGAGUCUGCACUGCGUGCGGCGCAGCCCGGUAUUGGCAGUAUGCCGGGUGCUUUUCCUGAUACUACUCCUACUUCGUCGUCUCCGAAUCCUUCUCAAGCGGGCCAGCCUAUCCUCCUCUCAAAUGAAAGCCCAAUCCUACUUAUCUCGCGCUCGUCCGUUAAUCGCCUUAACGAACAUAUCAAGUUGGGCUCUUCUCCUUCUACUACCUCCACUACUACAAGAACAACCACCACUACGACAAAACCAAAAGCAGUCCCAGCAGACGUCUUCCGCGCAAAUAUCCUCAUCGCCGAAUCUUCCUCCCCUAUCAGCAGCACACGCACGGAAAACCCCUACAUCGAAGAUACAUGGAACUCCUUCACUGUUAUUCCAUCAUCGCAUCACCACACCAACCAUCAGAGUCAACAGCAACAACAACAACAGAGAGAAGUACAGUUCAAUGUACUCGCCUCCUGUCAACGCUGCCAAAUGGUCUGUGUAGAUCAGACGACGGGAAUACGCGGCGAUGAGCCGUAUUCGACGCUUGUGAAGACGAGGAAGGUUGGGAGGGGUGUGUUUUUUGGGAGACAUGUUUCUGUUGACCACUCUGCUGGGGAGUCUAGUAUUAUGGUUGGGGAUGGGGUUAGGGGUGGGUAUUAA